UAAUUCAUUGCGCAGUUCAAAUUACUUGGUGAAGCUAGCUGGCAGAGUUGAUCUGAAAUCGAAGAAAUUUUAUGUAAGUUGGAAAAUUAUUUUUUUAAUUGUGUGUGAAAUUAAAAUGUUAGAAGUUUCCGUCGACUGCUGCACGGCCGCAUGCAAUGCCGGGAACAAAGAAUUCGAAAUUAAUUGACGUUUAUAUUUUGGCACACAUUCCUCAAAACUUGGAACUAUUUUCGACGUUUUGAAGGUGCUUCGUCCGACCGUCCGAACCAGACCUAUAUUAAGGGCUAAGGGGUGUAUGCCAUGAUCAGUUAAAGUGUUUUCCAUGUGUAUGUUAUUGUAUACACAAGGUUUAAUAAACCCGAAUUACGGUCUGUUUGUCAGGAUUCAACUACAUGAAUUCAACUACUUUUCGAGCGAAGGUCACUAACUUCCUUCGUCGUCACUAACUUCCCUAUGGAAUUAUUUUUGUUUUGCCCAAGGCGGUCGGUCUGUGUUGAAAAAGCCAACGCCUUCGUCGCCGGGAAGUUAGACGACAAAGAGCCUUCGCUCGAAACGUCGAAUUGGCACUGUUGAAUCCCUCGUAAUCCGACAAUCUCACGGUUUAAUAAAUCCAUCAUUUACACGUUUUUAAAUCCUUUGCAUAUAUGACCAAUGAAUGAUAUUUUUAAUAUGCCAUACUUUGAGUCUUAGUUUUUAAUUAGGUUUUGACAAUUUUUACAAUUAGCAAUUAGGUUAUAUUUACUGUGUCGAAAGAGAGAAAUUAGACGAUAUGUCAUAUACAAACUGUUUGAAAAAAAGUGAUGAGAUAAGCUUUAGUUUAUAAUUGUUUUAGAUUACAGCAAUAUGGCUCAUCAAGAAUGGAAGACCAAAUUCGACGACCAGUUCUGUGACCUGGAUGACCCGUGGAAUUUGGAAAUAGUAAGCAAUGUAGAGCAGGAAAGCGGAUGGCUGAAAAUGCAACGUAAGGGAAUGGCAAGGUUUGAAUGCAGCACGUGCAGCAAUAAAUGGACGUCCGUUAAGGGUGGAGCAAUAUUUCGCUAUCGUCUUUCUCCUUCCCAAAAUGAACGAUGUGGUAACGUGAAGCUGUUUCUAGGAGGACAAAAGUGCAAGAAUUGCGACAACGUAUUUGAAACAGCUAACUGGGAGGAUUCAGACGUAGAACGUGUGAUCACAGAACUGCUGAAUAAAGUGCAGCAGAAGUUCUAUGGUGAAAUUGAUGUUCCCAUCACCAGUGCAACUGCAGAGAACAGAUAUAUCCCGGCAGAUAUGUCUGCCCCGCAUCAAACGGAUCUUUGUCAGUUGUGUGAGCAGGGAGUGUGCCAGUAUAGUCAACAAAAUGAUAUCGACAGCGUCGCAAGCGAGAUGAAACAACUCGAGUUUGACGACAACGAUUACAACGAUUAUACAUCGGAUUCAAACUGUAUGUAGCUAUAUGUACAGGGGCAGGGCCGCCCAGAAAGUACAGCUCUUUAGCUAGGCUCCAAUUAAAUAAGGAUAAAGUAACAUACUAUGCACAAAAAUCGCAUGCAGUUGAAUAUUUUCCCAGAAGGCAGAAUACAGAAGUUGCUAUUCUAGGAGUUCUGAUUUCAAAAUUUUCCCCCAACCCCCCUCACCUGAACUAUAUUUAAGUGCAGAAUACACAUUGAAAAUGUUACAUCAAUAUUCACAAUCGAAGGAAAUAAUCUUGCCAAGGCGUGUUUUAUACGUCGAAUGCAAUUUAAACAAUAGAUAAUGAAGCUUGGUGUCAUGAGGUUUAUUAUAUGGCUUUUCAAAAUUCUCGGCGUAUUCUGAUUGGUUGACAAACGCUCUGGACCGGUGUCCCGGAUGUCGUUUAUCCGGGCGGGAAAUUUUUGCAAACAACCAAAUUGUUUUUGAUUGAGCAUGCAUGCCUACCGCGUUGCCUAGUACCGUAUAUUGUUAUACCCAGUGAAACUGACGAUAGCCGAUUUAAUUCGAGCGAAAAGCAUAUGCUUACAGACUCAGUUCAGCCAUAUAAAUGAUAUAAUAAACCGAUUAUUGACCUCCCUUGUUCGGUCUGUACUGUGAAAUAUCAGACCUCUAUUUUUUGCAUGGACCUCGCUCCUUCGUCGCUCGGUCCAUACUAAAAAACCUCGGUCUGAUAUUUCACAGUACAGACCUCACGCUCGGUCAAUAAGCCGUUAUUAUCAUCUCAUUAUCUAUUGUUUGAAUUGCAUUCGACACGGCCAAAAUUCGACGUAUAAAACUGAGGCCAGUUGUAUAAAACUCUUAAUUAAUCACUUUUUUAAUCAUUAUUUUGUAGUUAAAUAGUGAUUAAACUCUCAAAUACGCGCUUCUUAUUGGAUGACGUUUCCACUAACUAUAGUUAACUUUAAUCACUUUUUUAUACAACCGGCCCCAGGCCUAUAUAAUUGUUCUAAAUGUUCAACAAUAUGGAAAUCAAUUCAUUUAAACAAGCACACAAAAUUCAAGAGUCUUUGACGGUAGAAAAUCACUCGGGCUCCCAAAUUUCUCUGUGCGGUCCCGUAUACAUGUAACCUCGUGAACCUAACGGCUCGCUGAUUGGAUAUAAUAAUUGGAUAUUAAGAUAUCAAUUUUUUGUUUUCAGAUUACAAUGAUGUGUACAUUACGCAUGUAGGUAACGGUAAAGUUUCGUCUGGCCAAAAAGCAUCGACAUUGCAAGUGCGAGGUAAUUUAAAAAAAGCUUUUAGAUUAGAUAGUAUAGGCCUACCUGCAUGCAGUGAUUAUGCUUACCAUUUCGAUUUCCAGGCCAGGGUUAAUAGGCUGUGGGCUGUUAGCCAAAAUUAUUUCGCUUCGUGGCACCCAUGUGGGAAAUACUUUGUUUGGGGUUUAUUUGAAAGGCAUAUAGGUACAUCACCACCAAAAGAAGUUCCCAAGCAAAAAAGUUGCCCAAUCCCGAGAAAAUGGGCGAUCAAUGAUUAUCCUACAUGUAAAAAUGCACAAGUUGUUACAGGUCUGCAAACAAGUUGUUACAAAUCUGUUCACAACCUGUCAACAAUAUGUAUUCGCACUGCUUCUUCCCAGUUGUUGUAACAAGUUUGGAACAAGUUGUUAACAACUUGUAACAAGCUUGACGGCAUUAUCAGACUUGUCACAAGGUUGUUCAAACAAGUCUGAUAUAGUCUAACAAGUCUGAUAUAUUAAUGUAUCCAAACUUUUAGGUCAACGAUUACGAAUUUGCAAAUGUCGAUAAUGCCAUCAAGCUUGUUACAAGUUGUUAACAGCUUGUAACACAGAGCUUGUUGAUAUUAACAGACUUGUAGUAAGGUUGCUCCAACAAGUCCGAUACAGUCAUGAUAUAACAAUAUUGUUACAACCUUGUGUCGUCAACCUUGUCACAUUGUUGUUGUAUCACAACUGUAUCAAACGUGUUCAAACAACCUUGUCACAAGUCCGAUAAUGCUAUCAAACUUGUUACAAGUUGCUAACAGCAUGUACAGUAGCAAGUUUGUUCACUUGAUAUAAUUUCAGACUUGUAGCAAAGUUGUUCCAACAAGUGCGAUACAGUCGUGAUAAAACAAUAUUGCUACAACCUUAAUUAUGUUGUCAACCCUGUAAAGGCCCGUUUACACUUGCAAUUUUUGCUGCGAUUUCUAGUGCGAUUUUCUUCCUCUGAUGGAUGUGAAGGAGUAAAUAAGUUGUUUGUUCUGAGUAGAUGUCUCACUGAUGUAGUAUCGACUGAACAUUAAUAACUCAUCCACUCGUUCACAUGCAUCAGAAGAAGAAAAUCGCACAUAAAAUCGCAACCGAAAUUGCAAGUGUAAACGGGCCUUAACAUUCUUGUUAUACACACAGAAAAAUCUCACAGCUUGUAGCAAGUAGUCCUGCCAACAAGCCGUCAACAAGUUGUGUUCGCACUGCUUGUCCCCAAGUUGUCAACAAGUUUGGAACAAGCUGUUAACAACUUGUAACAAGAUUGUUGAUAUUAUCAGACUUGUAGCAAGGUUGUUCCAACAAGUCCGAUACAGUCAUGAUGAUAUAACAAUAUUGUUACAACCUUGUGUUGUCAACCUUGUAACAUUCUUGUUAUAUCAUGACUGUAUCAGACUUGUUAGAACAACCUUGUAACAAAUCUGAUAAUGCCAUCAAGGUUAAUGUCACAACUUGUUAACAGCUUGUUCCAAACUUGUUACAACAACUGGGAACAAGCAGUGCAAACACAACUUGUUGACAGCUUGUGAACAGAUAUGUAACAACUCGUUUGCAGACUGUAGCAACGUCUUGUGCGUUUCAACAGGUGUAUCAGGACUGCAUCAGAGUCAGGCAUGUUAAAACACCUUGUAACAAGUCCGAUAAUGCCAACAAGCUUGUUACAAGUUGCUAAUAGUUUGUAACAAGCUUGUUGAUAUUAUCAAACUUGUAGCAAGCUUGUUCCAACAAGUCCGAUACAGUCAUGAUAUAUCAAUAUUGUUACAAACUUGUUAGAUAUAAGAAUAUUGCUACAACCUAAUUGUGUCGUCAACCUUGUUAUAUCAUGACUGUAUUGGAUUUAAGUUCUUUGUAUGUUUGCAUGGCGAUAAAACAUAUAAUAGUUUUGUGCAGUAAUAAAUUUACGUGGUAUUUCCACAAACAAAACUAUUAUAUGUAUUGGAGUUGUUAGUUGAACAACCAUCUGCUACAGAUCUGAUAAUAUCAACAAAGCUGUUGGCAACUUGUAACAAGCUUGAUGGCAUUAUCGGACUUGUGAUAAGUCUGAUAACUAACAAGUUUAAUACAGUCAUGAUAUAACAUGAAUGUUACAAUUGAGGUUGACGACACAAUUUAAGGUUGUAGCAAUAUUAUAUUCUUAUAUCAUGACUGUAUCAGACUUGUUAGAACAACCAUGUAACAUCAAGCUUGUUACAUCAAGUAUGUCAUCAAGUAUGUCUUGUGUAACAUCAAGUAUGUCAUCAAGCUUGUUACAAGUCGUUAACAACUUGUAAGAAAAACGUUAAUAUUACGAGACUUGUAGCUACGUUGAUGGAACAAGUCCGAUAAAUUAUGCCAUCACGCUUGCUACAAAACAAGCCUCCUUGCUACAAUUAGUCUGCACUUGCUACAGUACCAUAUAGUCUACUAUAUAGUCUGGUUGACGGCAUUACCAGACUUGUAGUAAGUUGUUCCAACAAGUGUUAUCACAAAAGUAUUGUCACAGUAUAAACAUGAUGACAUGCAUUGAAUCAUUGACAGAAAUAGUCAUGUCAGGGCAGUGCAUAUUUUGGUACUGUAUUAUACAUAAAAGUCUCGACAAAUGCCAAUAAAAAUCAUCUAAAAUUUUAUAAUACAACACUUUUAUACUCACAAUGAUUAAGUUCUUGCUAAUUUUGGAAGAGAUCGGCAUUAUAUUCAACAAAUAUGAACAAAAUAAGACCAAUUCUGACUUCUUUAAAUUUCUGUUUUCCCACGUUUAUUUGAAAUACAACGUGAAAUUUACAUAUGGCCUGGUCACAAAGCAAAAUUCGCAUUUCGCACGGGGGGAGUUCACUUUACUUGUGUCCUUUCAAUAUUUAUCUAAAAUUACAAGCACAAUACUUCUAAACUACAAAAUAGUUAUACGUAAGAAGCUUUCUUAUUCUUUAUAUUCCAUCUACAACUUAUAAUAAAAAAACUGAGUUGAAAUAUUUUUCAACAAUAAAUGAAUCUUGCACCCCCCUGAUUUAGAAUGUUCUUUAGGUCAGUGGCUGUUCUUGAAAACUCCACAACCCCCUGUUAACUGCAAUUCUGAAUCAGUCUGAGGGCAUACCAAGCUCAAAUUUCCGAGGUGUGUUGUAAAAGGAAAAUUUCUGAAGGGGUACUACCUGUUGACGAAAACUUUCGAAAGGGCAAAUUUUUUUUGAAAUUUUCAAGGGAUUCAAAUUUUUUCUCGAAAUUUCUGAGGGGUGGAUGAUCCGGGUCUUAAGCAAAUAACAAACUCAUAUGAAGCAAAUAUUCAACUGGCCCAGCAAAACGAGCAGGCCCAGCUUUCACUACAGCGCCAUAUAGGUAGGGAAUGUUUUGCUUUAGACGACGUAUUUCUAAUUUUUUAUAUUGUGAAGUCUCUGAAGUUCUGGGGUCGAGACGAUUGCACGCGGAAAUCACUAAGUUGGUAAGUGAAACCUUCAAAACAAAGGCAAGUGUAGUUAGGCAGACUACCUUGGCAUACCAUAGUGACAUGAUACAGAACCGUUAUUCGUUCUGACGUCACACCAAUCAAUAUCGAUUUCAUAUCAUUUUCCUUUACAACCACAGAGACACUUGCAUUCAUAAUCGUUGACCUAUACAUUAAGCCCAGUUUCCAUUUUUCGCCGAUGAACGACAUAUGAUCAUGAGAACUGCCUAGGACGCAGCCCAAACUGAUUUUCUCGAAGAACUACAUAUAUAAGAGCGCGCCUGGCUGCCAACCAAACGACCCAUGUUUGAUCACGGAGCACAACUACGACAAAAGUUAUUGGUGGCAGGUGGAACAUUCGGCUAUUCGUUCAUACAAUAUAUUGUACUAAUGACGUUAACUUUCAUCCAAAAAAUAUCGAGUUUGAAAAGAAGAACAAAUGUUUAGUUUAUGCACGCCACACGGUCAAUUGCAAUUGUCUGUAUCCAGCAUUGACGGGUAAAAUUCAUGGCCCAUUGCAUUACGUUCCAAGACAUCCGGCUGUUCCCAUCAUUUACAUGCAUGGUGAUUAGCAAAAGCUUAGAUCACGAGAUCUGUUUACACUCGGACAGAGAGACAUUGAAAUAACAAAACGAAAGUAAAUUACUGCAGGUAAGUUUGUCCAUAUUUUCAAACUAUAUAUGUUUAAUGCGCGAGACUCGAAAAUGUCGCAACAAUACGAAAAUUCGUCCGAAUAAUUAAUUCCGAUUAUACACACCGACACGAGAAUCGACAUGGUUGGCUGUGCUUGAACUCGUCUGCUUUCAAGGUAUCGAAAUUAUGUAACUUGUGUGCGGUUCAGAAUUCUUCACGGUCCAUGCUAACGUAAUCUCAGACUACACUAAAAUUAUCCGACGAUUUCGGAGACCGUACGAUUUCCAGCACAGCUGGUCAGUUCCGCUCAGUCGACCGCUCAUUUGACCACGAAACUGAUCAGAUUUCGUGAGUAUUUUGAAUGAGGAAGGCUAUUUACCGAGUUAAGAUUCGAGUUGGAAUUUUUAGUUAGGAUUCGAUGUGGGAUUUGAUUUGAGAUUCGAUUCAGAAUACCGCAUUUUCUAAAAUUGAAUUGUUAUUUGUUAGUAUAAACUGAUUUACGAAAUCAUGGCAUUUACAUGGAUAACAUUUAACAAAUCGUAAAUCUAAUAGUAUAAAUGUCUUUCGGUUUAUUACUUCUCAGGGCCGUAGCAAUCUUUAAAAACAGGAACGCGAAAAGUAUAUGAUUUAUAAUGUGAAAUAUUAGUGAAGUCUGUCUGAAUUAGUGGAUAUGUAUCUUAAAAAUUUCGAUUUCCCAAUACUCGGGUAAUGUAGUGCUUUGUUGCCUUUAAAUGCCGAAAAAGCGCAAAAAUUUUUACAAUCUAGUCAAUUUUCUGGCAAUCGUAUUGUUGUGUUUUGCGCAAAAUGUUUCCUAAAUAUAGGAGUAUUAUCCGGCCUGUGUCUAGCUGCAAAAAGCUGCAGCAGUGAAGAUGUAUGGAAAUACUACACCUCCAAUAUUUGUAUAUUCAGAAACAAUUCACACAAAAUCAAACCUGUCAUCUAUAUUUAGAAAGCCAAAAUUUUAAUGAUAUAUUCUAAUUUAUACUGUAUAAUACCUUAUUAAAUUCUAAUCAUUUAAUUGGCUGUUUAUGGUCACGUGAUAUUGAAUAGAAAAUUCCAUUUCCCAAGAGUGCAAUGGAACACGUUCCAUUGCACUCCCCGCGAGUGCAAUGGAAUAAAACGUAUAGUACAAUUGCACUCUUUGUGUUUUCGAUAAAUCGCAUCCCUCAAAAUGCUUCUCAUACGAACCUAUUAGUCUAUUUUGGUAUUAUAUAAAACAAAUAAUGAAUGUUUUUUCGUGCAAUGGUAAGAAUAUUUUCAUUCGGUGAAAGAUGGAAUGUUCCAUUCAACUCGGCUAUCGCCUCGUUGAAUGGAACAUUCCAUCUUUCACCUCAUGAAAAUAUUCUUACCAUUGCACUCAUAAACAUUCAUUAUUUGUAUAAAAUAGUGAAUUAUAAAAUCUGGACUGUGGCCUCAAAGUGGCGGGUUUCGAGUGCUUGCACGUGAAAUAUAUCACUGGCCAUUAUACAGAUUGGUUUGUAGACCGCACCAAUAUAUGCAUCUGAACAGUACUUUCAUAAAUUUUCUCCUCAGUCAGUGGAGACUUAUACAUCCGAAUUUCGAAAGCUGCAUGACGUAACGUUCAAUGGCCACACACAACGUCACAAGAGCAAACGAACAGUGUAGAUCUUAAAAAUAUUCCAACCCUUACAGUAGCCUACAUCCAUGCAGCAUGUGCAUGUCGCUGAUAUUAAACAAAUUGUUAUGAAAUACAGAAAUACAGCGUAAGAAAUCUAAACUAUGACACAGUGCAAACAAUGUGUUCAUAGAGUUUGGUAGUGUAAACGCACUUCGGUCUGGCCUAGGCCAGGAAAUCUGGGUCCAUCAGAACAAGUGGCCCAGAUUUUCUUGUCUAGGCCAGGCCGAAGUGCGUUUACACUACAAAAAUCUACUUAAUCUAGUCCAAAAGUAGGCCCAGGCCAGGUUUAGGCUCGUAGUGUAAACACGGCUUAAGUGACCAUCUUGCGCGUUGCCAAUCAGGCCUGUUUCAAUAUAUAUAUAUAUAUAUAUAUAUAUAUAUAUAUAUAUAUAUAUAUAUAUAUAUAUAUAUAUAUAUAUAUAUAUAUAUAUAUAUAUAUAUAUAUUUAUAUAUAUAUAUAUAUAUAUAUAAGCUUUUCUGUGAGAUAUACUGGUUCUAAAACCAUUUCUUUCACUUCGUCUUCGAGUUGUAAAACAAAAGUAUUUCAAAUUUUUAAGGCCAAGCGGUUUUUGGCAAAACAAAUUGUCAAGACAUUGUAACAGAGGAUAAUUAAUUAUUGCUUCAGUUAAUCGCUAUAUAUUAGACUAUAUUAUAAAAACAAUUAUACCAUUCGCUCUCGGUGCUACGCACCUCGUCGGCUAUCAGCUCAUAUACAGUGGCGUAGCCAGCCAGACAAUUUAGUCCCGCUAUGCAAAUUCAAAUUAUUAUCAUUAUUCAUUUCUUUAGAAAUUGAUUGUUUUCACAGUCAAUGAACACGAAAAUAUUUGCAUAGCGGGACCAUUACGACUCGAGCUCAUGGUAUAAUUGUUAAAUAUAGUUUAACUAUAUAGUUUUGUUUUUUUAUAGUUUAAUUUUUUAUAUAUAGUUUGACUUUUAAACAAACAGGACUGACCCCGCUUAGAACAAAUUCCUUAACAAGCUGAACAUAUAUUUAUAUAUUUGAAUAAGAAUUGAAGUCUCUUUUCAAUGAUAUUUUAUCCCACUGAGCUUUAGAAAUUCAGGUCUCGCUUCGAAGCAUGCAUGUUGACAAUUGUUAAACGUCACAUACAACAAAUUUUCACUCGUCAUAUCUUUUCAAAUAUCCGUGACCGCUUUACUGAAGUUCAUAUUUGAGUAUAUAAAGUACUGCAUGUGAUUGCUGUAAUCAACCUAUGCUACUGCAUGCUUGGUAAUCUGUGCCGUUCAUUAUCAGAAUAUAAAUAAUUGGUCUGUGGUAGUUAAUAAUUAUCUAUCAAACUGUACACGGUAAGUGCUUACUCAUCAUUUAAUACAAACCUCUAACCAAACGCUUAAUAGACUGAUAUAAUUGAGGGUUCAAUGUAAUGAUAUUAUUGCAAACUGUAAAGUAUUAUUGAAUGAUGGUUCAGAUAAUUGUAUCGAAGGUAAAAAUCGAAGCAUAUAUUUGGUAAAUUCUAAUAACGUAUAAUUAUAUCGUAUCGUUUAUGUAAUGCAUCUGUCUAAUUGAAAAUAUUACAUGAUCUAUCACUGUCCAUUGGUCAAUGAUAAUCGUAGUGUUUACUUUUCUGCGAAACAAUGUACUGAUUACUAAAAUCUAUAUAGUCGCGAUAUGUAUAAUAUAGAAUAAACUAUACAGGUAACUUAAACAUUCUCUACAAACUCUCCUACACAGAUCUUCCGCUCACAAUAAGCGAUAAAAAACCACUCAGAUCCAUAACUACAAUAGGAUUUCAGAUUUAUCGAGUCGUGCACGAGAAACCUUAUAUUUGGCUACACAGUUUUUUUUUAAAGAAAUGUAUCUCAAACGAAAAUUCGGAAAUUGAGGUUGCUUAGUUGAUAAACAAAAUGUUUCAGACGAUAAAUUUGUCAACAAUCACCUUUAGUUCAUGUUCUUGUACAAUACAAUUUCUUGAACCUUCUGGCUGUAUUUAUUCCUAGUUUUAGAAUGACAUGUUUAUUUUUGCGCUCGAAAUCUGGCUGUAAAGACGCACAAUGAAGUCACUCCUUUUUACAGCCAUUUUGAGCCUUCGGAAACGUUCGGAACAGCUUCUCGUCAAGUUCGCAAUACUAUUACAGAGGGUCUUGAAGGGGUAAAAUGGGAACUGGGAUUUGCUUAUUUUUGGGUGGGAAAAUUGGAUUUCAUGCACUGGAACUGGGAUUCAUCAGCAAAAAAACAAUAGAAAAUGGGAAUGGGAUUAAGAUUUGAGCAGGACAGCUACAAAGAUGAUGGAAUUUGUGUUCUGGGACAAUGGGAUUUAGUCAAAAUUUGGGCUGGGAAAUGGGAACACGACCUCCCCCCCCCCCCCUUCAGGACCCUCAUUACAGGUAGGCAUCAACUAUUUCGCUGACCUCAGACCAGGGAUUAUUCUAAGGAAAUUUUAUCACUGCACAAAGCGCGAAAAAUAAUAAAAUGUAUAUAAACUUGGAGACAUUCUAUAGAAAAUAUUCCGACUGCAUGCCCUGCAUGAGUGCAUGUACUUUUGUUUUGCAACUUAAAGUUUACCCCAUGCAUGUCACUAAUUAUAUGCAAGCAAAUGAGCAAAAAUCACAUUGUUUGAAUCGCAUGCAAAACACCAAUUGCUUAAGAUCUAGUCUUUCACAGUCGUGAAAUAGAUUACUCUAUAAACUGUUCAUUGUGUCACCAAACAGCGUCAAAAAUCUCAACACAAAAUCGCUCGGCAGGAGUUUAACUAUACGAAGACAGUGACAUAAAAGUUAUUUUCUUGAACACGUCUUGGCCGCUAGGAAAGAUACCCGAUCGGAUUAAAUAUGCCAUAGAAACAUUAGUAAAUGAAUGCUUUAUUUUCACCCAGUAUAUUCCCAUGAAACUGAACGCCAUUGUAUGUGGAUUAUAUGCAAAUUAGUAUACAAGGAGUGGCCAUUUUCUCGCCAAUUUCUGGUACUGAACAAUAUUGCAUUUUAUCACUGCACAAAUCUCAUUUAUCACUGCACAAAUUGAUUAUCACUGCACCUUAGAAUAAUCCCUGCCUCAGCCUGACAUUUUGUCAAAAUUUUUUUCUUCAAAAUUGGUUUAGAAACGAAUUUGGAGUAGCGUUAGGUUAGGGUUAGGAUCAGGGUUAGGGUUAGACUUGGUGUUUGGAGUAGGGCUAGUGUUAGUAAAAACCGUUGCUUUGUUACGUUUUGUCACUCUGAGGCGAGCGAAAUAAUCUCUUCCUUACAGGUAGGGUUGACGCAUGCGCAGACGCUUUUCCGCGGUGUUCCCGUUGGCAAGGGUCACACCCUUUGUCUCCCUGCCGACUACGUGUUAGGCAAGUGGCUCACGCACAUAAUCGUGCAAGGAACAGCAACAGUUAGCUGUGCAUAAUCGUGCAGUCUCCGAUUUUAUACUAAUAUAUGGAAAAACUAUGGAAAAAGAAACGAUCAUGGGUCAAACCAUUCCUGUAAGAAUAACAACUCAUUACUACAAUUGCAAGAGGUUUCGGAAUAAAUAUAUAACGUCCGAUUUUAACUUGGUUAAAAUUCCACUAGAUGAAGCUGUUAAAUUUGAGCAUGUCCCAAAAAUAAUGCUGUCUAAUGUCAUGUCACUCGUUCCAAAAGUUGACGAAGUUCGCGAAUUUAUUCACCGGAAUCAAAUCAGCCUGGUAUUUAUCACAGAGACCUGGCUUAAAGCUUCUAUUCCUGACAGCGUGGUGAACAUUCCCGGUUUUUCAAUAAUACGUAGGGACCGAAUUAACAAAUCCCAUGGUGUGGUUUGUGCAUGCGUUAAUAACCGAGAUGUUAAAUAUAAACAGAUUUUAGAGUUAUCUUGCUGCCAGGAGCACGAAAUCCUAUGGCUGCACCUUAGACCUACUCGUAUUCCGCGCAAGUUCUCAUGUAUUAUCGUAGCUAUAGUAUACCACCCCCCUGGAGCAGAUGAUUAUUCUAUGAGAGACCAUUUAUUCCAGUCAUUAAAAAAGGCAGAGUCAAAAUUUCUAAACUGCGCACUUAUAGUUGCAGGUGACUUUAAUCGUCUUAAUGUUAACAGAAUCAAACAUCAUUUUCAACUGAAACAGAUAGUUCAGACUCCUACCCGCAGAAAUGCGAUUCUCGACAUCAUUUUAACUAAUCUGCACGAGUAUUAUGAAAAACCUCUAAUAAUGCCCCCUUUUGGACUAUCCGACCACAAUACUAUCAUUUCAUCUCCAAAGGAAAGAGCUAAAGAUCUAAUCUCUAAUGGCACCAUCUUUAAGCGAAAUAUUAAUCCAAGUUCCAAACGAGCCCUGGGAAGAUAUCUAAACUCGAUUGAUUGGCCUCAAAUUAUUCCAUCUACUAAUGAUUGUGAUCAGUUAUCGAACAUGUUUCAAAACAUAGUCCUUACUGGGGUUAAUAUAUUAAUGCCGAUGACACGAUCAAAGAAAUAUCCUGUCGAUGCCCCCUGGAUAACGAACCAUUUCAAAUCGCUGAUCAUUGAAAGGCAGAAAGCUUUUUCUACCUAUGGCCCUGACUCGAGCAGUUUUAAAUCUCUUCGAAACCAAGUAAAUCGAGAAAGGAAAAUCUGUAAAUCAAACUAUUAUAAACUCCGUGUACAUCAAUUGAAACAAACAGAUUCCAAGGAAUGGUGGAAAGAAGUAAAGCGUUUAAGUGGAAUGGCAUCUACUAGAUCUAGUGAUAUUAGAAAUAUAAUAGAUAUUGAAAACCUCGAAUAA